AAUCUUUUGAAUGGGGAUCCCAGCAACAGCAAGCCUUUCACAAGUUAAAGGAAAAGCUUAUGUCAGCCCCAGCCCUGGGGCUACCCGAUCUGACAAAGCCUUUUACAUUGUAUGUGUCAGAGAGAGAAAAGAUGGCAGUCGGAGUUUUCACCCAAACUGUGGGGCCCUGGCCGAGGCCAGUGGCCUACCUCUCUAAACAACUAGACGGGGUUUCUAAAGGAUGGACCCCAUGUUUGAGGGCCUUGGCAGCAACUGCCCUGCUAGUACAAGAAGCAAAUAAUCUGACUCUUGGGCAAAACCUGAACAUAAAGGCCCCCAAUGCUGUGGUGACUUUAAUGAAUACUAAAGGACAUCAUUGGCUAACGAAUGCUAGACUCACCAAGUACCAACGUUUGCUCUGUGAAAAUCCCCGUAUAACCAUGGAAGUUUGUAACACCCUAAACCCUGCCACCUUGCUCCCAGUAUCACAGAGCCCUGUCGAGCAUGAUUGUGUAGAAGUGCUGGACUCAGUUGACUCUAGCAGACCUGACCUCCGGGACCAGCCUUGGGCAUCAGUAGACUGGGAACUAUAUGAGGACGGGAGACUCCAGGUAGACUUCACAGAGAUGCCAAAAUGUGGAGAACCUCAAAGGAUCCAGAACUGCAGCCGGUCCUCGCUGGGCUGUUCCUGUGCAUGUGCCUGGUCACGGUGCUGGGGAACCUGCUCAUCAUCCUGGCCAUCAGCCGAGACUCCCACCUCCACACCCCCAUGUACUUCUUCCUCUCCAACAUGUCCUUGCCUGACAUCGGUUUCAUCUCCACCACGGUCCCCAAGAUCAUUGUGGACAUCCAGUCUCACAGCAGAGUCAUCUCCUAUGCAGGCUGCCUGACUCAGAUGUCUCUCUUUGCCAUUUUUGGAGGCAUGGAAGAGAGACAUGCUCCUGAGUGUGAUGGCCUAUGACCGGUUCGUAGCCAUCUGUCACCCUCUAUAUCAUUCAGUCGUCAUGAACCGUGUUUCUGUGGCUUCCUGGUUUUGUUGUCUUUUUUUUUUUUUCUCAGUCUUUUAGAUGCCCAGCUGCACAACUUGAUUGCCUUACAAAUGACCUGCUUCAAGGAUGUGGAAAUUCCUAAUUUCUUCUGUGACCCUUCUCAACUCCCCCAUCUCGCAUGUUGUGACACCUUCACCAAUCACACAAUCAUGUAUUUCCCUGCUGCCAUAUUUGGUUUCCUUCCCAUCUCGGGGACCCUUUUCUCUUACUAAAAAAUUGUUUCCUCCAUUCUGAGGGUUUCAUCAUCAGGUAGGAGGUAUAAAGCCUUCUCCACCUGUGAGUCUCACCUGUCAGUUGUUUGCUUAUUUUAUGGAACAGGCGUUGGAGGGUCCCUCAGUUCAGAUGUGUCAUCUUCCCCGAGAAAGGCUGCAGUGGCCUCAGUGAUGUACACGGUGGUCACCCCCAUGCUGAACCCCUUCAUCUACAGCCUGAGAAACAGGGAUAUUAAAAGUGUCCUGUGGCAGCCGCACGGCAGCACAGUCUAAUCUC